GAAACUAUCCAGAGUCAUAUAUACUAUAAAUCUGAAAUAAGUCUCAUAAAAUUAGUUCUUGAAUUACUGUUAUAACCAAAUUUGGGAAGUUAAAGAUUUGGCGGGAAGCAAAUUUAAUUUUGAGGACAUUUCUGAGGCUGUAGAAGAAUAUUUUACUAUGAACAUUCAAGAAUUGUUUAUGCUGGCAUUAAUUCCUGUUCUGAAAACGCUGUUGAUUGCAAUUGUUGGCUUAUUUCUUGCCUUAGAUCGUGUGAGUAUUUUGACUGCAGAAGGACGGCACCAUUUGAACAAUCUUGUAUUCUACGUCUUCUUUCCAGCACUUUGUGCUAGCGGUCUCAUCAGUUCAAGUGCAGCAACCGGCAUAUUUUCUUUGUGGUUCGUUCCAGUGAGUGUUCUUAUUACCUUUCUUGUUGGCUCAGCUCUCGGGUGGAUACUUGUCAAAAUCACUAGAACGCCUCAGCAUUUGCACGGCCUUGUUAUUGGUUGUUGCGCGGGAGGAAACAUGGGAAACUUGCCAGUCAUUAUAAUCCCAGCCAUUUGUGCCGAGAAAAACAAUCCGUUUGGAGAUUCAUCUACGUGUACGACAAAUGGAAUGGGUUAUGUAUCGCUCUCCAUGGGGAUAGGAGCUAUUGGUGUCUGGUCGUAUGUAUAUAAUAUCAUAUGCGCAUAUGGAAAGAGGGAUGACGGAGAUGUCUCAGCCUAUUCCAGAUUAAGAGAAACUAAGCACGGUGAAACAUCAAAACGAGCCUUGGAUAGUACUACACGAGCACUGCUACCAAGUAGUAACUCGAAAGAUGAUGAACUUGUUUACCAAGGACCCAUCGAUGAAGCCAAGGUCUCGGUAUCUACGAUCAUUGAGAAGAAGGUGAAGUUGUUGGUGGAAAAUAUCGACCUGAGUGUUCUCUUCAGACCGCCUACAAUUGCAACGGUUGUUGGCAUUAUCGUUGCUUCAAUAUCUCCCAUCCAAAAUGUCAUGGUUGGUGCUGGUGCUCCACUUCGUUUCGUUGAGAGUUCCGUUGUUCUCCUAGGGGAAGCAGCAAUUCCAUCCAUGACCAUUAUAAUGGGUGCAAAUCUUCUAAGAGGUUUCAAGAGAUCAGGAGUUGGCAUUUGGCUACUUUUCGGGAUCAUUGUUGUUCGAUUCGUUGUCUUGCCUGUUGUUGGUGUUGCUGUUAUCACAGUUGCAAAGAAUCUAGGCAUGGUGGGAUCAGAUCCUUUGUAUCACUUUGUUAUUCUGCUUCAAUAUGCAGUUCCACCUGCAAUGGCCAUAGGUACUAUCACACAGUUGUUUGAAAUUGGUGAGACUGAAUGUUCUGUUAUCAUGUUUUGGAAUUAUGCUGUGGCAUCAGUUGCUCUAACUCUUUGGUCGACAUACUUCAUGUGGAUCUUGUCUUGAUCAAUAAUGUUUUAGAUUCAGUGGCGGAUUAAGGAUUUAGGGUUCGUGGGUAUACUGAAGGUCCAAACCUUUAAGGUUCUGCCUGGAAACUAAAGCAUUUAGCUAUCGUCUUGGCUUACUGGGUGCUUUUAUAAAUCUUAUACCAGAUGUUAUACAUUUUUUAUAUAAUUAUACUUAAUCUGCGUCGAAUUUAAUGGGUGUCGGAGCUCCAAAAGUUUGGCUGUAGGUCCGCCCCUUGACUUUUAGUAGUUGCGCGCUUGUGUUGUAUUAUCUGAGGGGAGCCUUGGCACAACGUUAAAUAGUUGUUUUCAUGUAACCAUGAGGUCAUAUAGAUUCAAGUUGCAGAAACAAUGUAACUUCACACUGAAAUGCGAAGGAAAGAUUGCGUGCGACA